AUGUCUGUGAAGGUCAGCAUAUCCGAUUGCUUUGAUGGUGGCAAUAUCAAGUUCAUCCGACGUGAACAGAAUGAACAGGAUGCCGAUACAGUGGACAUCAUUCUCCAUAUCAAGCCUGAUGUAUACACCGUUCUAGAAAAAAUUGGUCACAUGCAGUACUUUUCUUUUCGAUCUACCAUCAGUGGUCUUGAUGGCUCUCAGAAAGUGAGAUACGUUCUUGAAAAUGCAGAGGCUGUGUCGUAUCCAGACGCUUGGCCUGGAACAACUAUUUGCUACUCAACAAAUGUCGAAGAUUCUGAUUCGUGGAAGAGAAACCUUGACACUUAUUACAUGGCUGGAAAAUUGCAAUGGGAGCAUGUUCAUGAGAAGAAUGGAAGCACGUUCUUUAGUUACUUCCCCCCGUAUUCGUAUGGAAGACAUCUCAACUUGGUUUCCAAAUGCGGUGACUACGCGAAUGUUGAAUCAGUAGGCCAGACAGUGGAUGGACGAGAGAUUGAACUUGUUACCGUUGGAGAAGGCAAACUCACCUGCUGGAUUACUCAUCGACAACACCCUGGAGAAACGAUGGCAGAGUACUAUGCUGAAGGUGUACUUACGAGACUACUGGGACUAGACACUGAAGGCAAAGUGGAUGAGCAAGUUCAACGUAUUCUAUCCCUUUACACAUUCUACAUCGUUCCUUGCAUGUGUCUGGAUGGUGUGGUACGGGGACAUUUGCGUACCAACGGAUGCGGCGCAAAUCUAAACCGAGAAUGGACCACAAAGCGAUUCUAUGAAGCUCCAACUCUGGAGAGAUCGCCUGAGGUAUACCAUGUUUUGAACAAGAUGGACGAAACGGGCGUGGAUUGCUUCCUAGACAUUCAUGGAGAUGAAGAACUGCCAUUCAACUUUCUUUCUGGAGCAGAGUUGGUUCCAAACUGGGACAAGCGAAUGGAGAGUUUACAUGGCGCCUUCGCAGCCGCUUAUGCCAGAGCAAACUCUGAUAUGCAAACGAAGUACGGGUAUCCACCUGCGGAUACCCGAGAACGCGUAUUGGAAUAUAUGAAUGUGGCCACUAAUCAAGUCGCCAACAGAUUCAAUUGCCUUGGGCUUACCCUCGAAAUGCCGUUCAAGGACUGUCUUACCAACAAGGACCCAGAACGUGGUUGGUCACCCAAACGAUCUCGUGAACUUGGAGCUUCGGUUCUGGCACCGCUGGAGUACAUUCACCCCUACUUGCGCGCCGAAGGAGAGUUUUGGACCAGUCUUCCUGCCAGCGAUGCGUAUGUGCCCCCCACAAAUGACUACAAAGCGGAACUCAAAGACAACAAGGAAUUCGUGCCCCUUAAAAAGCGAUUCUAUUCCGAUGUUUACGAAUUGCGAAAGCCAAAGGAAGACAAUUAA